AGUUUGGGUUUGGCUGUCAGGGAGGAUGGCGGAGCUGCGGCAGAUCCAGAGUCGGGUGCAGGAACUAGAAAGGCGGCUAUACGGGGCCAGUGGGGCCCAGCCGAGGAAGGUGGCAGACGGGCUGAUAAAAGUCCAAGUGGCCCUCGGGAAUGUUGCCGCAAAACGGGAGAGAGUGAAGACUCUGUAUAAGAAAAUUGAUGACCUCCUGAAGUACCUGGACCCGCAGUAUAUCGACAGACUUGCCGUCCCUGAUGCCAUGAAGCUGGAGUUCAUCCUAGCAGAGGAGCAAUACAUUCUGUCCCAGACAUCCCUGCUGGAGCAGCUACACAGCCUGCAGCCCUUCCUGGACAGCGAGCACAUCAAAGCCGUCCCGUCUCAGGCUUCCAGGCUGCAGGCGCUGUCUCAGGUCCACAUAAAGCAGCAGGACCAGUGUCAGGAAAUAUCUGAUGAGACCAAAAAACUGCUGGAGGAUUAUAACAAGAUGACCGUCCUCCUGUCCAAGCAGUUUGUCCUCUGGGAUGAGACUCUGUCGCAGCUGGAAGCAGCGAAGCGAGUGAAGGUGGCCCCGGAGUGACGGCCCCCCGGAGACCCUACGUAAUCCACGGCCCGGUUACCCCGAUAUUUAUAAAGGAACCCCACAGUUUCCUGUCUUCGCCGCGUUGGGGUUGCUCGUUCUGCAUCACACGCGACGAUUCUCUCCUUUUAUUUAUUAACUCUGUAACGCCGUGGAUUUUUUUUGGGGGGGGGGGUAAGGAAAGUCCUCAGCUGUACUCAUUAACCCUUUGUGUGCCAGAGGUACCAGUGCAGUAUCCCCCGUACCCCACAGGCAGUCCUU